AUGAACGCCGCUACUACGUUUCGGGCUCUUGUUUUGAAGAGGCUUGAUAUUGCUGCUGGUUCUGAAAAGAAGUACUCUAAGAAGAUUGAUGUGUUGUUGGCUUGCGCUCCGGUGAAACAGUUUCAAGCAGGUUUGAAAAACACUGCAUUUCCUUCUCCUGAAGAAAUUUCAUCCAAAUCAUGGCCUCAGUUGGUGGAGAGUUUUCCCUUUGUCCAACAAGUUGCAUCGGUCUUGGAGAAACGGAACGUCCUUGUUGAAUUUGUAAAAGGAUUGGUACGAGGACAACAUCCUGAUGAGGAGGGAUUUGCUAAAGAGUUUCUCGAUAAAUCGCCAGAAAUCCAAACUUGCUACGAUCUAUUGAGAAGCAACAAGUUGGAAGAAGAGCUCAAGAACAUCAUGUUCAAAGCCAUAUUGAAUGAUACGCCUGUAAAGAUGUUUCUUGAUGAUCUCUUUUCUGAAUUCAAAGAAGAAAUUAUCAAGGAAAACCUUUCAUCUGCUUCCGUUAUUGAGGCUGGGCUUAAGAAAAAAGGGAUGCAAACAACACCAUUAGUCAUUUCGCUUGCUUUAAGCGAGGCCCAACCAAUUCCAUCCUCAACAAAAAAAAAAUCGAUGACCAAAACACCCACUCCACAAUCAUCCAACAACAAGAUUGUAACAACUAUAGCUUCAUCGUCCAACAACGUGGUAACAGUUACAUCGCCAUCCUCUCAACAAUCAUCCAAAAACAAGGUUGUAACCACUAGUGCUUCAUCAUCCAACAACGUGGAAACAAAUACAUCGCCAUCCUCUCAGCUGCCAUCCAACGUAGAAGCAUUAGCCGUUUCUCAAGAAAAUAUGGCUGAUGAAAAAAUGUCGGUAGAUCAAAUAUACAACGCCUUAAUCAACAACGAUCAUAAGGCAAUGGCUUCGUUCUAUUUUUCUCUUUCCGACUUGCCUCAACAAAUUCGUGGCUUGAACGAAACACUGAUAAAAAUGGAUGCGAGAAUCACAAACUUUGAAAAGAGAAUGGAGAAGGAGAUGAAAGAGAUCCGUGAUGACUUACGAAUUAUUAAUACAAACAUUGGUUGUUUAUAUGAAGGUCAAGUGAAACUUCAAUUCCAAAAAGAUGACGAAUUUAUAACUCACAAUCCAGUUGUAUUGAAGGAAUCUGAGAAUCAAGCAGCAUUUGCUAUUGCUCGAGCCAAUCAAGUUUAUUCAUCGUAUCUUAUGACUCUACAUUUGAAUAACAAAAUUAGCGACGAGAACGCCAGAAAACUGAAUUUAGAAACAAAAGAAAUUGAAAUUAAUUUCAUCAAGAAGCACAAAGUAACGGGAGCUGUAGAAAUUUUCGAAGCUACUAUUUCGUCAUUUAGUAGCGAUGAGAAAUUGUUGACGAAAAUGAUACAAUUAGAACGUCAAAUUAUGUUUUACAAGGAAUGUUUCAAAAACACCAUCAUCAGUAGAGUUGGAUUAGUCUCACCUAGCAACUUGACCCUCCAAAGAGUGAAGCAGGUUAUUGAAAACCAUAACGGCCUCUUUAUCAACAUUCAAUCUUUCAUCAACAACAACACUUUUGACAUUAUUAGGGAAGGACACAAACCUGAAAUUGAUUAA